AUCCUAUUUACAACUUCUCCAAUCUUCUUCCCUCCCAGCAUCCAUUGUAUGCUCCUCUUUCCCUUGUACAUAUUGCCCUUCUCUCCCUCCCCUGAUAUACAAACGUCAAUCAACGAAUCAAACCCAAUUGACCUUCCAUCCAACCGCAACCAUGUACCACCGCGUGCGCCUAGCCCGGCCAACCCUCCUCCGCCGCGCAACAACGACAACGACAAGAGCACCACCAUCCCGGCUUCAAACACGACACUUCCACCCCACACGACCGGCCCCCUUCCUCGCCGAGAUCAUGGACUCCUCAUGGCUGGUCCAUGGCGUCCACAACCUCUCCGGGCUCCCGUGGGCCUACUCGAUCCCGCUCACCGCGUUCAUCGUGCGAAGCUGCAUCGCCCUCCCCAUCCAAAUCUACACCAAGCUGCAAGGGCGCCGCGAAAGAGCCGCGCAGCCCCUCCUCGCCUGCUGGCAGAGCUACUACCGGUCGAGCAUCGGCGCGAAGCGGGAGCAACAGCAACUCCAAGCCCUCCAAGAACCAGGCGGGGGGGGCCGGCGCCGCCGCCAACCGUCGGUGCGGACGCAGACGGCGGUCGCGGUCGCGCGCCAGCGCAAGGCCCUGUUCCGCCGGCUGGGGAUCAGCCGGUACUGGAAGGGGAUGUUCCUGCUGCCGAUCCCGGCGUGGCUGUCGGUGAUGGAGACGAUCCGGGCGAUGGCCGGGUGCGAGAGCGGGCUGCUGGCCUGGCUGCUCCGGCUGGUCGGGUCUUCCACGGCCACGCGCGUCCCCGUCGAGCCCACGCUCGCGGUCGAGGGCGCGCUCUGGUUCCCCGACCUCCUGGCCGGCGACGCCACGGGCGUGCUCCCCGCCGUGCUCACCGCGUCCAUCCUCCUGAACAUCCACGUCGGCUGGAAGGUGCCCCGCCUGGCGGAGCUGGCCGACCUGCCGCGCGCCCAGCUGCCCAAGCACCUGUUCCUCCGCGCCCUCCGCACGUUCGCCCAGCUCAUGGCGCUGAACGUCGGGCUGUCGACGUACCUCUACGAGACCCCCGCGGCCUUGUUGCUGUACUGGGCCACGAGCAGCAACAUCGCCACGCUGCAGAAUCGGGCGCUGGAUCGCGUGAUGGGGCUGGAUGAUGCGGCGAAGAAGGAGCCGUCGAUGGGGAGCAAGGGUAUGCUGAUGCUUUACCGGACCCCGGUCAGGCAGGUCGAGGAAACCCAGAAGCAGGCUGGUGUUGUGGGGUGAAGAAGGGGCUGUAUAGCCUUGGAAUACCAGACUUCUUUCACCUGGUUUUCACCCAUCUUAUCGGCAAGAGUCGUCUGCGCUUUUGAACCCUUGUAUAGGGAUGGAAUACGCAUUGCAGCUGGUGCGGAAUAGCUCGACAGUGCUGAUGGGUAACUUUCACUAAUCUCCGACGAAUUGGGUGUUACGAAGGCUGCUUGCUCACUUGAGCAAGGCGAACAUAUGAUAGAAGCCGAAUAUGUGGCCCCCCCGAGAGGCCGAACGCCUUUUCUAAUGUGUAUCAAUCCCAUCUCACUCCGCUCAGUCAUGGUGUCCGGAGUUUGGGCGGUGCAAGUGAAGCGUCAAGGGCUGCAAUCCCUUUAUUUUGCAAGAACUCGAAGGCAGACCAAAACUGCUAGGAGCCGCCCAGGAUGACUAUGCUCCUUGGUUGAAUCAUCCUCUGCACCAUGUGCAUAAUACUACUUGGAAGAUGCUCAAUAGUGUGGGUCAUACCUGGAUUAUGA